GAUCCUGAUUCCCUGACUGACAUUCUACCUCUACGUGUUCCAUGAAGCACCACACAUUCUAAAUGCAGCGCUGCACAAGUUCACUGUUUGAUCUGAUUCGUGAAAGCGGUCUCAUCGUCCGUAGAGUCUUAUGGCAGCCAAUUAUGCAGUCCAAAGUUCCGGAUUGUAUAUCUCGAAUACAAUAUCUUCACUGAGAAAGGCACAGAUUAGUCGUGCCUCUUCAUUCAACAACCCGACUUGUGAAAUCCCAGCUGAAAACGCCUGUAAAAGUAGCGAACUUGAUGCAAGGAAGAAUAAGAAGAUUGUAUCUGCGGCAACAAUCCCAACAAUGUCCGAAAUCAUGGAUUCUUCGAGAGCUCAGAAACUCCAACUGAAGCUACAAACGUUGGGACCUUUUUUCAGAAUCACUGUCAGUAGUUUGGAAACAGAGAAAAAGCUGGGGAGAGCUGAAGGUUUUAUAAAGAUUUGGUAUGGAGCUGGUAAAAUUCUUCAUUUGGACAACAUUAGAUUGAGAAGGGAAACACUAGACAUGGAGAAAUCAAUAUUUGGGAUAGGUUUGUCUGUCGGAGCUGUUGCAAUCCGAUAUGGUUAUGAUUGCGAUUGUAAGACAGCUGAGCUUCUUGCCAUUAAUGAUUCUGAUCUUUACCAUUCGAAGCUUGUUAGGUUCUAUACAAGAAUGGGGUUCAGGGCAGUGCACGAGGUGACAGGAGGUUCUAUGCAAGACCUAGCACACUUGUUGGUAUGGGGAGGCAACGGAACUCGAAUGGAUGCUAACGUCGAGGAACUUUUGUUAAAAUGGGGCAGAAAGUUUAAGCCGAGGAGUUCAUCUCAAAGAUGACACCACACAACAUGCUAUCGCUUUCCAAAGCUUGUCAUUCAAAAGUUUGAGACUUUGAAGUAUAAAUGAAAUGUAACUUGACAGGAUUUACUGUAUAGAGCAUAAAUGAUAAGCUCAACUUGGAACUUUCAAAGCCAAACUCAGAAUCAUUAAUAUCAGUGAAUUGCAGGGCUUUAAAAUA